ACGGCCAACCCCAAAUAAAGACGUAAUAGCUGCCGGAAACGAAGUUCCCUCUCUUUGGAAAUGAAAUGUUUGUUAGUAAACCACUUCCCACUAUUUCUCUCUACCAAAAUCAUCAUCAUCAACCACUUCCUAUUUUCUUCCUUCUACUCAACUCUCACCUAUAGCCUAUAGCCUAUAUACACUGUUAAAAAGCUACUUUGUUCAUUACUACUAGUAGUAUUUUAUACAAAUAUGAAGAGGAGAAAACAACGCAGCCAUGAAAAAUUGUUUCUUGUACUCCAAAUUAUUCUCCACACUCUGAUAUUCAAAAGACGCCGCCGUAUUCACCACCUCCUUCCUCUUCUCGCCGCCUUAACCGGUGGCAUUCUUUUCUUCUUUGUGCUUUUUUCUCCGCCCAUCACUUCUCAACACCAUCACCUUAUCAAUCCCAUCUGGUUCAAUAACGGAACGGAGCUUCAGAUGAACCUGCAAAAAGAACACGUCUUUCGCGUUCCGAUGGGUGGAGGAAGUUUAAGCGGAGACAUAUGGACUUCUAAGCAAUCAAUAUUAUACCACGGCUGCAGUAAUUCCAGCUACAAAUUUCCAAGUGCAGAUGUUAAUACUCAUCCCAAUAGGUACUUGAUGAUUGCAACUAGUGGAGGCUUGAAUCAACAGAGAACUGGGAUUGUAGAUGCAGUUGUUGCAGCUCAUAUCUUGAAUGCCGUCCUUGUAGUUCCAAAACUUGACCAGAAAUCCUACUGGAAAGAUUCAAGCAACUUCUCUGAGAUUUUUGAUGUCGACCGCUUUAUAUCACACCUCUCAAAAGAUGUCAAAAUUAUUAGGGAUAUUCCAAGAAUUGGAGAUAAAGUCAUAACUCCAUAUACAACACGUGUUCCAAGGAAGUGCAAUGCCAAGUGUUAUCAAACUCGCAUCCUGCCUAUUUUAAAGAAAAAGCAUGCUGUUCAGCUAACAAAAUUUGAUUACAGGCUUUCCAAUCGAUUGGAUAUAGAUAUGCAGAAGCUGAGAUGUAGAGUCAAUUUUCAUGCAUUGAAGUUUACUGAUCCCAUUAUUGAAAUGGGCAGAAAAUUGGUUGAAAGGAUAAGAAUGAAAAGCAAGCACUUUGUUGCCUUGCAUCUGAGGUUUGAACCAGAUAUGCUUGCAUUUUCUGGAUGCUAUUACGGUGGAGGGGACAAGGAAACGAAAGAACUAGGUAAAAUACGGAAGAGGUGGAAGACGUUACAUGCAACAAACCCAGAUAAGGAACGAAGGCAUGGAAAAUGCCCUCUCACUCCUGAGGAAAUUGGCCUUAUGCUUAGAGCACUUGGUUUCGGUAAUGAUGUUCAUAUUUAUGUGGCAUCUGGAGAAAUUUAUGGAGGAGAGGAGACAUUGGCUCCUCUUAAGGCUCUAUUUCCAAAUUUUUAUUCCAAAGAAACAAUUGCUAGCAAGGAGGAGUUGGCCCCAUUCUCUUCCUUCUCUUCUAGGAUGGCUGCAUUAGAUUUCAUGGUUUGUGAUGAGAGUGAUGUCUUUGUGUCCAACAACAACGGUAAUAUGGCAAGAAUGCUUGCUGGAAGAAGGAGAUAUUUUGGUCACAAGCCAACUAUCCGCCCAAAUGCUAAGAAGCUUUAUAAGUUGUUCCUUAGUCGAAAUAACAUGACAUGGGAAGAGUUUGCUUCACAAGUUCGAACGUCUCAAAUAGGUUUUAUGGGAGAGCCAAUGGAGGUAAAACCAGGAAGGGGAGAGUUUCAUGAAAAUCCAUCAGCAUGCAUUUGUGCAGAUUCUGAUGCCAAUGAUAGAGAAGAUGCAAGUUUAUUUGGAACUCAUUCUAUCAUCUCUGAAAUAGAUACCGGUUCUUCUACUAAUAGUGCUAGGAGAGAUAUGGUUGAAGUGACUGAUGGUCAGGCUAGUGAAGAAGAGCAAGAAUGGUCGGAUACAGAAUAUAUGGAAACUGAACUUGAAAUUUAAGGAAGAUGACUUCCUAAAGACAGAGAUGCAGAUUCAAGCAGACCUUAUAAAACAGAACAGUCAGAAAUGGAAGAGAUUUUCUCGGAUAAAAGACGAGUUGCAGUCGGGGCAGGUUCUCAUUUUGAGUACUAGCUUCCAUUGGUUGAUACCAAGAUAAUGGUAUUGAGCAGAAAUUUGUAUAUAAGGCCAAGUGCAGAUUAGGAGUUUAGUUCUCCAGUUUUGCUAGUUGAAGAGUACAGUUUUUAAGGCAAGAGAAUCAACUGCAUCAUUCAAAUUAUAUGCAUUUAAAUACACACACUGCAGGAUGAGUUGGAAAAAACCAACUUUAUACUGCAUACGUUCUUGGAGUAUUGAUUGAUGGUACCUUUUGUUGGCGUUUCAUGUUUAUAGGGUUUUUUCCUUCUUUUUUAUUUUGUUUUGAGGAAAAUUAAAUUGUAUAUAGUACUCAGAUUUUCCUUUGCAUUUA